CUCGCUCCAGAAAGGAAUGUCUUCAGGGAUUUGUCUGGGAGGCCCUGGCUCAGGAAGUAGGGAAAAGGUAAAUUAUAAGUAGGAAAUCAAUUUGAAGGGGAAGAAUUUGAAUCUAGCAUGGUGGCAAGCCCUAGAAGAAAGAAAAUCAGCCUUAUCUGAUGUCAUCAUCUUCCUCCAUCCAGCUCUGGUCUUUCUCAUUUGUUUGGUUACUUAAAGUGAAGGAGAAGAUAGAUUUCAUAGAAUCAAAGAGAGCAGAGGUAGCCGAGGGAGACUGGGCUCUCUGGAAAUAACCAUCAAGGGAAGUGACCAAGAGAAAUCACAGGGUCCUCAGGCUUUCUUUAAAAAUAAUAAUAAUAAUAAUAAUAAUAAUAAUAAUAAGCUCCCCUGUGAUUCUCCUAGAGUCAGACUUAGAAUUAACAAACAAUUAAAAAAAAAUUCCAUGGAAGAAGACAAUUGCCAAAAUGCUGGGACCAAGUUAUAGGAUUGCCCAUGCUAAUUCACCCAAGCCAAAACAAAGACGGAAAUCACUAUGUCCCAGUUUGUAAUCCUUGGCCAAUUCCCUAUUCCUGCUCAUCAAUCCCACCUAAAGCAUUCAGGGGCAUAGAGGCCUUGCUACCAUUUCUAGGUGCUUUUUUGGUUUUUUUAAUCAGGAUAAAGGCAGAGUCACCACUAAACUCUGCUGCCUCAAAGGGGGUGCUACUUAAAAAGGGAGACAAGAAAUAUUUAAGGCUUGUUGGUGGUGCUGUUUAUUUGGGGGGUUUUUUUGAACUGGAGAGGGGGAAGAAAGUCAGGGUUUUUGAUAAGGGCAAAGUAAAGCUGAACAAAAGGAGGGGAGCAGGUAGGUCAACAAGAGGGCAAGGAGGAAGAGUGGACAAUGGCCUUUCUGAAGGAAUUGCUUAAAGUGAAGAAUUUGCUGCUGGUCAUCUUCAUCCCACUUCUGCUGCUGCCUCUACCGAUUCUACACCCCAAUAGCGAGGCUGCGUGUGCCUACGUCCUGAUCGUGACAGCUGUGUACUGGGUGUCAGAAGCGGUCCCACUUGGCGCGGCGGCCCUUGUGCCUGCCUUUCUCUACCCUCUUUUUGGAGUCCUCCGAUCUAGUGAGGUGGCGGCAGAGUAUUUUAAGAACACCACCCUGCUGCUAAUGGGAGUCAUCUGUGUGGCAGCAGCAGUGGAGAAAUGGAACCUGCACAAGCGGAUUGCCCUGCGCAUGGUCAUAAUGGCAGGAGCCAAACCUGGCAUGCUGCUGCUGUGCUUCAUGUGCUGUACUACCCUUCUAUCCAUGUGGCUCUCCAAUACCUCCACCACUGCCAUGGUGAUGCCGAUUGUGGAGGCCGUGCUGCAGGAGCUGGUCAGUGCUGAAGAAGAGCAGGUCAUGGCGGCCCCUGGCAACUCCAGCACUGAAGAAACUGAGCCAAUCAGUCUUGGUGAAAAAAAUGGACCCCCUUCUCUGGAGCUCAUUUUUGUCAAUGAAGACUCAUCAACCCCAGAUUUCCCUUCUCUGAUGCAGGGCAAGAACCUGAAUGGAGUUCACAUGAUCACCAACCCUAUCAAGUCUGUGAAACCUCAGAGCAAGAGACAGAGCUCACCUCAGGAACGGCUAUUAGUCCUGCCCCCUGACCCUAGGAACCUGGAGCUGAGCAGCAAGUACAGAUCCCAACACGAUCAUAUGGUCUGCAAGUGCCUCUCCCUGAGCAUAUCUUAUGCUGCCACCAUUGGGGGCCUGACCACCAUCAUUGGCACAUCCACCAGCCUCAUCUUCCUAGAACACUUCAACAACCAAUACCCAAAUGCGGAGGUGGUGAACUUUGGGACCUGGUUCCUUUUUAGCUUUCCCAUCUCCCUCAUCAUGCUGGUGGUGAGCUGGUUUUGGAUGCACUGGCUGUUCUUGGGUUGCAAUUUUAAAGAGACCUGCUCCCUGAGCAAAAAGAAGAAGACAAGAAGAGAAGAGCUAUCAGAAAGAAGGAUUCAAGCGGAAUAUGAAAAACUGGGAGACAUCAGCUACCCUGAGAUGGUGACUGGGUUCUUCUUCAUCCUGAUGACCCUGCUCUGGUUUACCCGGGAGCCUGGUUUCGUCCCUGGCUGGGAUUCAUUCUUUGAGAAGAAAGGUUACCGAACAGACGCCACUGUCUCUGUCCUCCUUGGCUUCCUCCUCUUCCUAAUCCCAGCUAAGAAACCCUGUUUUGGAAAAAAAUAUAAAGAUUCAGGAGAGAACAGAGAAGAUGCAGUGGAAAUGGAACCCAUCAUUACAUGGAAGGACUUCCAGAAGACCAUGCCCUGGGAAAUUGUCAUUCUGGUGGGCGGAGGUUAUGCUUUAGCAUCUGGAAGCAAGUCCUCCGGUCUGUCCACAUGGAUUGGACACCAGAUGUUAUCCUUGAGCACCCUCCCACCAUGGGCAGUCACCCUGCUGGCAUGCAUCUUGGUGUCCGUGGUCACCGAGUUUGUUAGCAACCCCGCCACCAUCACCAUCUUCCUGCCGAUCCUCUGCAGCUUGUCUGAAACCCUCCAUAUUAACCCACUCUACACUCUGAUCCCUGUGACCAUGUGCAUCUCCUUUGCUGUUAUGCUGCCAGUGGGCAAUCCCCCGAAUGCUAUUGUCUUCAGCUAUGGCCACUGCCAGAUCAAAGACAUGGUGAAAGCCGGCUUAGGUGUCAAUGUAAUUGGACUGGUGGUAGUGAUGGUGGCUAUCAACACUUGGGGAAUUAACCUCUUCCAUUUGGAUACCUUUCCAGUCUGGGCUAAGGUCAGUAACAUCACUCAUCAGACCUAGCACAUGUGGACAAACGCACCAAACCAAAGAGUGAGUGCAGGGAGAGUCCAAACGGCAAGCUAAGGAAAUCGACAUGUACGCGUAACCCUGGAGCCAAGCAACCUGAAACAUUCCUCACUUCGAAGGCCAGGCACAUGUGAGAUGGAAGAAAAAUGCAGCAACUGGAAGGACAGACAUUCUGAUUUUCCGUUGACUUCUUUCCUGCCCUUCUUAUAAGUGGUCACUAAGAAAGUAGUUUUGAAUUUUUCUCAUUCCUCUCUAUCCACUGGCUUUAGAUAUUCUUCUUAAAACAGAGAUGUGGUUUUAUGUAGGGCCCUUCUAGAAGAAAGGAAUUUCUCACUUUUCAAAGCCAGCAAAUCUGCGGGAAAAGACUACAUACAAUCUUGCCUGUGCAAACCCUGCCCUGUAUUUUAAAAGCAACAUCUCACUGCAGCCCAGAGGCGGAGUUCUUGUCCUGCAAGGGUUGACUUGGAUCCAUCAUGUAGCAUGUUACGCAUUAAAUGUUGCCUUAGGGGGUUGAGGUGUCAAAUUGUCAGGCAGAUGAGCACAGAAGGCAAAACAAUGCUGGCUGGAACAAUUAAUAGCAUUUCUCACCAUUCUUGGUGCCUCUCCCAGAUCCUAAAAGGCAACUUUAGUUUCUUUCUUCUAAAUGUUUGAUUGUUCUAACUCCUGCCAAGCAGAACCUUUAUUACAAUUUCUUCCCCACCAAGAUUCCCCACCUUUGUUAUCUGUAGCAUUUCUCUCUAGGGAGUAGCACAGAAGGGGAAAAAAAAAGACUAUUUCCCUUUUCAGAUAGGUCCAUAGUUUUCUAUCUCAACAUGAAAAGAAGUGCUGAGAAUUAAUAAGAUUGGAGGGACCUUAGAAGUCUAGCCCAGUUCUCUCAUUUUACAGGUAAGGAAACUGAAAACUGAGGGCCACAGUAGACUCUUCUAACUUCACACAAGCAACAGGGGUAGAAUUGGAAUCUGAAGCCAGGGCCUCUGAUUCCAAACCCAGCAUUUCCACUAUGCCAAGCUGGGACAGGAAGAAAAGACUGAAGGGCAAAGAGAUUGAUGCCCCCUCUCUCUCAGUAGACUCUAGCUUCCCAUUAUUAAAAAAAAAAACACCCUUCUCAAUGAUAAGGGAGGAAAAAAAAUUUUUUUCAUGACUAUUUUAUCAGAGGGCUAAAAACUAUAUAUAAACCAGUAAAGCUGCUAAAUGCAUUAUUUUACUCUAUUUAAUCUCAUAUAGAGCUAGAAGGAACCAAAGGAAGCUAUGAAGAAACUUUAGCUUUUAUCAUUUCCAAAAACCCAUAGGAGCAGCUAACAUAGUGCUAGAAGGUGUAGACUGAUGAGAAAUCAUUGUCAUCCCUCAAAGACCAGAAAGCCCAGUAGGGCACCAAUGAUCUCCUCCUAUCUUUGUGUUUUCCCUAGUGCUUUGCACUCUGCCCUGUGCUCAGUAAGCAUCCAAUAAAUGUUUGUAGCCAAUGAAUAUUCCAAAAAGACUAUUUUAGAAUACAAGCUUUUCUUCAGCUCAAUGAGAACUAGCCUACUUCUUCCAUAAUAGGUGUUCUACAUGACUAAAUGAAUGCUCAUUAUUCCAGUAGCUUUUCUUCAACUCAAUGAGAACUAGCCUACUUCUUCCAUAAUAGGUGUUCUACAUGAUUAAAUGAAUGCUCAUUAUUCCAGUAGCUCACCAGUAACAUAUAUUUCUAAUUACUGACAUCAGUUAUUUGCUAAAUGUCUUUGGAAGAAUCCCUUGUAGUCAUCUGCACCUAUUUUAAUUGGCUUCAAGUUCCUUGUUAGCAUGUUUGACUCGUCCUACAUGAACAAUACAAAUAAAAUCAUUAUUUAGCUUCUC